UUCCCUUGGUGUGUACUGCGACCACAAGUGCGGCUAGCAUCCAAGAGACAAGUGGUGAUGGACGGGUACAGCAACAGUUUCUAGAGGACAUUUGACAAUGAAAAGAGCGCCUGUGUCAGAUGGAGAGAGUCAGGAUACAGAGUCUGUUGGGAGCAUGGCAGACAGAGGGGGGUCAGUACGUGCUGACAGUAGCCAUGAGACACAGCUGUCAGGUGAUGAAGGUGACGGGGCUCAGCAGCAAGAUGAUCAGGAAGGGAGACAACUCUUACAUGCAGGAUAUCAUGUGACACAAAUGGCUGAAGAUGGUGAUGAAGGGAGACAACUCUGUCACCAGAAGAGCCCUGAUGUUGAAAGUAGCAACAAUGUGGCAGAGACAAAACAGAUUCAGUUUGAUUCAGAAGAAAUCCAGGGAGCUAAGACUGCUGACUAUGGCUGCUACAAAUGGGUGGUUGUGUUUUCGUGCUUCUUUCAACAUGUCAUAACAGGGGGAUUCGAGAGAACUGAUGGUGUCUUGUAUCUGAAGCUGAUUGACAGAUUCAACCAGAGUGCCCAAGCAACAGCCUGGGUUGGGUCCUUGGCUACCACCCUAAGGCUAGUCCUCGGCCCCGUGUCCAGUGCCUUCAGUAACCGGUUCUCAAGUCGAGUGGCUACCUUAACGGGCGGCAUCAUCAUGACUGUCGGUGUCCUCAUCAGUGGCUUCGCUCCAAACCUCAUCUUCCUCUACUUCAGCUACGGCGUCAUUGGAGGAAUCGGAAGAAGUCUCACCUAUGGUCCUGGCAUUGUGACGGUUGGCGAGUAUUUUCCCAGGAAACCAGGAAUGGCCAUUGGCAUAGCAACAUCAGGGGCAGGAAUCGGAACAUUCUUCCUCCCACCAUUGACUGACUUCCUCUUCGAACAGUUCCACUUCUUUGGUGCUUUUCUCAUCCUCAGUGGAAUAGCUUUCAACUUCUGUGUUUGUGGGGCUCUAUAUCGUCCACUGGUACUGCAUAAGAAAAUAUUAGGAUUGGAAAGGAACACUAGACUGAUGUCAGGAGGAGAUGAUAAAGAUCACAUAGGGUGUGAUGAAGAAGGACGAGGAUGUGAUGAAGAUAAGAGAGGUGAAGCUGCAGUGCUUCUUGCUGAACGUGGAGAUGUUACCAUGGCAACACAAGAUAAAUCACAAAUCCCUGAAUGUGAAAAAAAUUAUGAAAAAAUAUUACCUAGUGGUGAAAGCAGAUUGAAGCCUACUAGAAAAAAUGACCAAACAACUUGCUGGCACAGAGUUCAAAAAUGUUUUCAAAAGAAAAUUCAAGAACCUCAAAAAGACCCAAAAAAAGUCAAAUGUGCUUGAUCUGUCUCUUCUAAGAAAUCUCCCUUUUCUAUUUUUCUGUCUCAGUAUAGUUUUGUUUACAAUGUCUUUUAAAUCAAUAUUUACAUUUCUACCUGCCUUGGCCAAGUCCCGAGGAUGUACUGACACACAAGCUGCCCUGCUCUUGUCCAUUGCCGGGGUC